GUGGCGGUGUGCACUAGAGUUGGUUGUGAUCCGCCAUUAAAGUAAGAGACGAAGAAGAAGAAGGAGGAGGACUUCCGGAUAAAUAUAAACACAUGUUGGUUUAAAGCUUCAUAACACGCUGCAGUCAUGACGAGGUGGGCGAGAGCAAACAACGUCCAUAAACACAAAGAAGCAGAUGCCACGCCAUGGAGUCGACUAAAGGCAGGAGGAGGAGGAGGACGAGGAAGAGGAGGAGGAGGAAGAGGAGGAGGAGGUUACCAAGGCAGAUCUGAAGGUUCAAAUCAGGGACCUCCUAGAGACUACCUGAGAGGACCUCGACCCGACGGCUCAGGCGUGAAGAAGCCGAACAAAAAGAAGAAGGACUACGACAACGAGGACGUCAACGGCUUCAUGGAGUACCUGCAGCAGAGCGGACGACGGCUGCCCCGAGGAGAGAGAGGAGGCAGGGAGGAGGAGAGGGAGAUCAGGGAGGAGGUGGAGACGGCUCUGAAGAAAGACCAGAGGAGAGAAGACAGGAGGGUGAAGAGGCAGACCGACAAGAAGAGCUCGAUGCUGUGUUUUAACUGCAGGAAGCCCGGUCACGGUUUGGCCGACUGUCCGGAGGCCGACAGAGACGAGGAGAUGGGCCGAGGGAUCUGCUACCGCUGCGGCUCCACCGAGCACGAGAUCCAGAAGUGUCGAGCCAAAGUGGACCCGGCUCUGGGUGAUUACCCGUACGCCAAGUGCUUCAUCUGUGGGAAGACGGGUCACCUGUCGAGGUCCUGUCCAGAUAAUCCCAAAGGACUUUACGCACAAGGAGGCAGCUGUCGAGUUUGUGGCUCCGUGGAACAUUUUCAGAAGGACUGUCCGGAGCAUCAGGCUGCAACUAACUCGGUGACCGUGUCCUGGCUGUCCAACAACAUGAGUGCAGACUACGAGGACGUCCACGUCCCGGUGAAGAAAGCCAAACCCAAACAGACCAAGGUGGUGAAGUUCUGAUCAGAACGGGGUCUGCAGACACUCCCGAGUCUGUUUCUGUAAAUAUGAAAUCAAACGUUUAAUAAAGAGUUCCUUCUCCACGUUUUGUUGGUGCUGGAACAAAACUUUAAAA